UUAAUAAUAGAGUUUAUUUACCUUAAUAUCUAUAGUUUCCCCAUUUAUAACUAUUCCUAUAAUUUUUCUUAUUCUAAUCUCGUGAUACUUAAAAUAUUGUCUAACUACUACAGGCUUAGCUUUGUCCAUGUAUUGCAACAUUGUCCAACUUUCGGUUACUAUAUUGUCCAAGUACUACGCCUCCCGGAAACAGUUGUCCAACUUCCCCGAUAUAGUUGCACGAAUUGAAACCGACUUUUUUAAUGGAAAAAAGCUCAUAUCAAAAAACUUUGUGUGCAUUGAUAGAAAAUUUAUCUAAGCUAUACGCUGAUGAUAAAGCAUUUUUUAUUAUUCUAUUUGUAUUUACCCGAUUGACAAUUUUCUAAAAAGUCUGUAAAAUAUCAGUUCAAGUAUUACUCAUAUAGACAUCAACAUCGUGCGCGCUCUGCUGUUGUUUACGUCAAAGUAGCAGACGACACUGAACUGCUCUCAUCAGCUGAUUCGAUUCAGCCUAUAUCUAAAUCUAAUCUUAGUUUAUCCGUACGGUUGCACAAAGUAUCAUAACAGCAUGUUGUGAUACAUUAAACCUUUUCAAAAUUAGCCAUCAUUAGAAAGUAUGAUAAUAAAAUUUCGUUAAGAACGUAGUGAAUCUUUGAAGCAAACAAGAAAUGUCAUUAAUCGUACCAACCAUACGUGGAAUAAGCCUGAAAAACUGUUCGUUCUCAUUAAACUUUACGGAUCGAGUCAAUAGUCUGUCUAGUCUUGCUUUUGUUCCAAAAUGCCAACCCGCCAGAGAGGAAGACGUCAGAAUGCUCAAGCACUUUGUCAAUACAUCUGGAAAAAUAUGUGUUAUAACAGGAGCGGGAAUAUCUACUGAAAGUGGAAUACCUGAUUAUCGGUCAGAAGGUGUCGGACUAUUUGCAACCAGCGAUCGUAGACCAGUUUCUUAUCAGGAUUUUUGUAAAAGCGACAAGACUAGAAGACGUUACUGGGCAAGAAAUUAUGCAGCUUGGCCACGCUUCUCGCUGUUCCAACCCAAUGUCACCCACAAGUGGUUAAAAAAUAUGGAGGAUAUUGGAAAAGUAAGCUGUGUCAUCACUCAAAAUGUGGACAAUCUUCACAUAAAAGCUGGUAGCAAAAACGUUGUUGAAUUGCACGGCACUGGAUAUAGAGUAGUUUGUCUCAGUUGCAAUAACAAGAUUGAUCGAUUCGUCUUUCAAGAAGUUCUUAAUAAACUGAAUCCUGAUAUGAAAGCUUCAUGCGAAGCUAUAAGACCAGAUGGUGAUGUUGAUUUGUCUCAGGACCAGAUCGAUGACUUUAAAAUACCCCCUUGUUCAAAGUGUGGUGGAAUCAUGAAACCAGACAUUGUGUUCUUUGGGGAUAAUGUACCAAAACAGGUUGUUGAACGAGUACAAAACGAGGUUGAAGAGGCUGAUUCUCUACUUGUUCUCGGAACUUCUUUGACCACAUUCUCAGGCUAUAGAAUUGUACUCCAGGCAGUCGAAGCUGUGAAGCCAAUAGCAAUACUAAAUAUUGGAGACACAAGAGGAGACGAACAUGCUCAGAUCAGGGUUCAUGGUAGGUGUGGCGAAAUUCUCCCAAUGCUUACUGAUGACAAAUCGUGAUAGUUUUUUAAAAUUGAACGAAAACUUAACAUUUUCAAAUGAGGUUUGUGAUCUCGAAACUCAAAGUACAAUUUUAAUUCCAAGACACCCCGAUGCUUCUGCUUUGCUAAAAAGUUAAAGUUAAUGUAAUUAUGUAUAUUAUAAAGAUGUAAAUGACUCAAUGUAUAUAGUAGCACUGCAGUUUUUAAAUUAUGCUAUAUAUUUUAUGAAUAAAAACCAGACGUACGCGUGGAAAAAUCUUUAUUGACUUGCAACUUGAUUACAGAUUAAAACAUUCUUCAUAGAAAUUCAAAUAGGAAUAAUUGAGUGUACAAUACAAUAAGGAUUUACAUCAAUUUAUUAUUUUAAGUUAUUAUUAAUGAUAGAUUUGGGUUUGAAGCUUCAGUUAUUCUGUGUAUAGUUCGCGAGUUUAAAAAAACUAUGAUGAUUGUUUGAAAACUUGGAAAUAAUAAGAUUAAAAACAAAGACUAGAUACCACGUCAAUAUAAGAAUGCACUGAUCGUUCAAGAAGCGAUAGAUUUUUUUGCUCAAAGUCGCGUACAUAUAGCAAUUUCUAAACGUUCUGCUGCAUGCAACAAUACUAUAAUCAUACCGUCGUCGUAAAAAGUGUAAAACUUGAAGAGUUUUCUUUACUACUAUCACAAUAGGCAUAAGAACUAUUCAAUAAUUAAACAGUAUAAAAUCGGAGAUACAGCUGUUUUUAAGAGUAUUUGAUAGACACAAUGAAAAAAGUAAUCGUUAUUCUAUCACCUAAUGCUCUAUUACAGCUAUUACACGCGGAAGCUCUCGUUACCAUCAUCAAUGCGUAGUUUCGCUUAACGUAAAACAUAAUAUUGACUCGAACAAUGCAGAUGAAUAAAAGCGCAUACCAUCGUUUACAGUAUACUGAUAUCUUUUUAAACAAUCACCUUAUCGUCACAUUUAACGUAAAAUAAAAAUAAUCGCGUCUUAUAUCGUUAAGAAAUAAAAAAUCCCGAACAAUUUCAAAACAUUGUCUCUUAAAAGUAUUCAGUCCCAUCGUCGGCGGAUAGUCAAAACCGCAUGCAUUCAAGUCAAUCGCUAAAUUUACGUUCAGCGCAUUAAAGUUAUUCAGCGCUCUUUUCAAGCUCGAAAGAAAACUCGAAACGCUAUAAUAUUAUCUGCGAGCCUAAGAAACAUAUAUGCAUAGAAAAAUGGUCAACGUUGUACAUUAUUCUAAAUUAGGAAGGCCACUGUGUGCGAGGUAUUAAACUAUCGUCCUAUACAACUACUCGUACAAGUUAUACAAAAACUAUAAGAGAAACAAAAUAAAUCUCUCGUUGCGCUGAUUAUCGUCGUCAUUACAUUAUAAGCUACGUAAUACAUAAUAUAUACUAGUCUGAUACAAAAAAAAAAAAAAAAAAAA